AUGCUUUGCCCGUUUUGGAAUAAUGUAAACCGCAUCAAAGAAUUUCGAUACAAACGUACCUGGUGGUUUCUUGACAGCACGGGGAAUUCUAUCUUAACCAGGUAUCCAAGUGAUAUUGACACCAUGAGUUCCAUGGACAGUCUCCAUGCAUUGGGUGUGCAGUUUACACCAGCUGAACUCGCCAAACUGAAAGCCGUGCUGUUUCCAGAAGAGCCUCUGGAAUCCACUAAAAGACCGAAGGACAAGGACAAGCAACUGAGGGUAGUAUCAGAUUCCAAAAUACAGAUCCGCAUACCAGAGGAGCCGAGAUUGCCCGUGGAUGAGUUUGUAAAGAAGGUGGAAACCCUCAACUGCAGUAUACUCGAAACCGCCGAAAUCAUUGGGGAUAAAAGCGACUACGUAUCACAGGUCCAGAGCGCAAUCAUUGAGGCACUGACUGGGUUCAGUGCUCAAAUUGAAGAGGAAAAGAACAAGCUGGAUGAAGCGAUAUUGAAGAAACUCGACAACUGCAUACAGAUGCAUGACAUAUUGGAGGGCUACAAUCUGGAAUUGAUGAUGGAGCCCACCAGCCAGAGAGUCUCAAGACUUCUCCACAAGUGCCAGAGCUCAUCUGCCAAGAUAACUACUGUAAUACCAUACUUGGAGGAAGACGGAAAACUGUGCAAAUUCUACGAGGAUAUCUGCUUGUUUGAGAACUCUUUCACGCCUAUUUUCAAAGAGAAGGCCAUGGUAUUUGGCCAAAAGUGUCACGAAUUUUGGAGUUGGGUAUCGAUAGUCUUCGAUUAUAAACCCCGAAAUGCAAAAUUGGUAUCCAUUUUACCGAACGCGGAACUUUCAGAAACGCUGGCCAAUUCGGAGUCGAAUUCGUUCAUUGAUGUGGCAGAGUAUCUGCCUAGUUUGGUAGCCAUGUCACCUCUCAUCGUUUCAGAAGUCGAAGAGGAAAUCAAUGCUGUUAUAAGAUUUGCACAGGAUAGAACUCAGGAGCUGGCAAAAAUCUCAGAGGGCAUAAUGAGACUGUAUAACGCUCUGGACUUUCCGGUUCACGAGCAAGACUCCAGGGUGGUGUAUCUUCUGGAGCUAGCAGUGGAAUGUCCACGGCUCGAUGCCAGCACUCUUCUCGGUGUGAAUGAGACGGUUGGUCUCUCAAGAAGGGCCAUUGACGAGCUCCAGCAGAUCGAACUGGGGCUGAAACAACAGAAAGCCGAGAAGGAGCUCAAGCUCCAGGCACUAAAGGAGAAGUGUAUGAACUUCUGGUCAAUCCUGGAUGAGGAUGAGGAAUACGUGGGACAGUUCAUGAGGAAUAACAACGAUCUUUCGGACAAAGCGAUACACAAUUUCGAGCUCGAAAUCGAGAGAUUGCAAGUGUUGAAGAUGAAGCAUAUUUCCAAGUUCAUCAAGCAGGCACGCACCAAGAUCCAGCAGUAUUGGGAUGCCUUGAUGUAUAGUGAAGACCAAAGGAGGAGCUUCGGGCCGUUCUGGUUAAACCAGGACCACGACUUCACAGAGGAACUGCUGCAAGUUCACGAGACUGAAAUUCUAAAUUUGAGAGAUAGAAUGGCCGUGUUGCAGCCGAUACUGGAAUCAAUAGCAGAGCUGCAGGUGUUGCUUGAAGAAAAAGCACAGCUCGAGCAGAGUUGCAAAGAUCCAAACAGACUGCGGCAACGAAACUCGUUCAAGAUUCUCAGAGAAGAAGAGAGAACGCGAGAAAGGCUCAAGGUGCUUCUUCCAAAGACAACUAAUGGUCUCCGAGACUUGCUGGUGGAGUAUGAAUCCGACAAUGGAUAUCCGUUCACGGUAGACGGUCAGUCGUAUCUGGUAAAGCUGGAACAGAUUGAGGCUGAAUCUGGCAUCAACGGCAACCCUUUGAGAAGAUCUACAAGGUCUCGCCAGACGCCGGUGAGACCCAACUCUAACACCAGAACCACCAGGUCCAUGUCUGCACCAAGGAUGGGUUCUUCGGCCCCACCCACUUCGGCCAGAUCGUCAAGUGUCGCUAAACAACCAAGAAGGACGAACUCCGCAACGCGAACUAUGUCUGAUCCGUUCUUGUCGAGAUCAGUAUCUCCUAUUAGACGGAAUCUCAACAAUUCCAAGGCCACCUUGACCUUCACUAACAACACCACCUUGAGACCAGCUUCUGCUCUUUCGCCCAUCAAAUCAGAGGGUGCAAUAUACCAAGACCGCAAGCCAAUCAGAGGCGACUCUCCUUCGCGCCUGCGGCCCCCCUCGGCAUCUGUGCUCAGAUCUCGUCAGAGACGUGAGCAGGACAAAGAAAACGAAAUCAUGACACUUUCACCCGUUAAACCAACACUCAAAAUGAAGGCUAGUGUCAGGAGCAUGGCCGCUCCUGAGAUCCUCAGUUCCGACGAUGAAGAUGAUGCCCACAACCAUAAUACCGCAGGAGCAACCUUUCGCCCAGUUCUCAGCGCUGUCUCGUCGAAUUGGGCAAAUUCAGAGUACUGA